UGCUUCCAUUCCUUCCAGAAUACCUCUAGGUCGAGAUCUCAUGGUCGUCCAGAUCUUCGUCUGCUGAAGAACCAUGCGCUCGAGUGCGGUGUCAAAGUCGUCCCCAUGUAAUAAUGGCGAGAGGACAGAUGUGGCAACAGCUCCAUCGCUAGUCCUGCCUGGCGUUCUUACCAACCGCGGAGAUGAACGGCGAUUGCGGCUGCGAGACGCGCCACCGACUUUCCUGAGACCACUUAAAGCUCGCGGUGUUCACCGUCAUAACCUUUCUUCCUCCUGCUACCCAAAUGGGAGCGAAGAUGUUUCUUAGUAACCCCCGACAGUGGUGCACAAAUGGCGGAUUUUUCCCGGGGCAGCGGUCGCGAUGGCAGCCCGACGUUGAUAUGCCUGACCAAACGGGUAGAAUCAUCCUCGUGACGGGUGCCAAUGCUGGCAUCGGCUAUGUCAGCCUUGGCCCUCUCCUCAGGCGUGGUGCUACAGUACUUGGGCUCUGCAGAAAUCGCAAGAAGAGCGAGGAGGCGUUCGGCAACUUGCAAAAGGAGCUAGGAGACGACAACAGGGGUUCGCUCAAGCUCAUCGAAUGCGAUCUGGCAGAUCUACAUUCGAUCAAGCUGGCAGUCGAGCAGAUCAAGCAGCUGGUCGAUAGAGUUGAUGUCCUCUUUGCGAGUGCUGGGGUGCACGAGGUGCGCACCAAGACGAAGCAAGGCCACGAGGCCCACUUUGGCGUCAACGUCUUGGGCCAUUACUACCUCAUUACGCUUCUCGAGGAUCACUUGGUCCAGUCUGUGCAAAGGUCACCAAGAGGUACCACGCGCGUCGUCAUCACGUCCAGUUCCGCCUACUUUCUCAACACGCCGGUCGCCCUCCAAGGGAAUUGGAACCCCUCGGACUCUGCUCUGGACGAAAAAUUCUCGCUCGACGAACUGUAUGCGCGAUCCAAGGUGGGCAAUCUUCAUUUAACACGCAAGCUCUCUCAGCUCUGGCGCAGUCGAGGCAUCAUUGUCUGCAGCGUGCAUCCUGGAAAUUUUGGCACGUCAGACCAGCGCGACAGCGCAACAGGGUUGCUCGAAAGGCUCGUCUUCAAGCUGCUCCUCUGGCCGCCAGAAUACAGCGCCAUCAAUCAGCUCUUUGCUGGCAUGGCUCAGCGCACAGACACGGAAGAGCAGCUUGCAGACAAGCUCCACGAUGCACACAUCGUUCCAUGGGCUCGAUUCGGGACAGUAUAUGAGCAGUGGCUUCGGGAAGACAUGGUCGAGAAGACAUGGAAGUGGUGCAGCGACAGCAUCAACAAGGAUGGGAUGGAAGCAAGGCAGAUUUCGUAGAAGCAGAGCCGAGUCCUUGCAAUUUCUAUCCUCUAGGACACGCACUCUUCGACAAUGAACAUCUUGAGCAAACUGCGAUCCGCAAACUGCUCCUCGUCAUCUGUGAUCACCCUCGAGACUUCCGGCUCCUGGUAGAUGGCCAUUGUCUUUUGUACAUCUUCAAGCGUCUUGAACUUCAGAAUUGAGAGGCAGUCGAAGUCGAGGUAUUCCUUCUGGCCCUGUCCCGCUGCUGCAAUGGGGU